AUGGUGAACUCGAAAGAGAACACCCCUGCCGUGAGCCCAUCCCGAUCAGAAGGAAACCUAAGUGACGAUCUACCGCCACCAACGAUAGACAAGUCACUACCCGCUGAAGGCAGGGACAAUUCUGUCACUCCAAGGAAUCGAUUUACCUCGCCGCGAAGAUCCACUUCGCCUCGACGAUCUCCAUCGCCGAGAAAGGACGAGAGCUCUCCUCCGCCCGCGCCACGACGCUCGAAGAAAUCUUCCUCGAGCGACAAGCCUCGCAAUUCGAAGAGAUCCUCUUCGAACGACAAGCUCCGCAAGCUCAUGGAGAAUCUAGUCAAGCCGCUAGCCGAAGGAUUCGAGGCAAUGCGAGCACAACAUGAAAGAGUCCGACUCAAAAUCAACUCCUACACCGGGGAAGAAGAUCCCAAGAAGUGGUUGAACGCGUUCAAUCUCGCCAUGACAAGGGAGAAAUACAAACCCUAUGACGAGAAGGAGGCCAAUUACUGUCAGGUAUUCGUCGAGCACAUGGCGAAAGAUGCAUAUGACCCGAGUCACGCGGAAUAUGUUCACCACGACGCAAGCCCAAGCCUCCCACAACCUUGGAAGACGCGUUCCACCGUUCCCGGAGCUACAUCUUCCUCGAGGAAGAUAAGCGCUUCUACGCCGAAAAGCACGGAGAUAGGAGGACAGCCCCGUCCAAACCUAGAGAAGAAGCCGUCAAUCUCGACUCCGCAAGAUGCCGCUCCACUCGGAGACGACAACAACACCAAAGUAUUCUGCAAGUUCCACGGAAGAAUUGGUCACUCCACUGAAAACUGCAAACACCUCAUCAACAACCUCAUCCGCAUGAAUAAUCAAGGAGAAAUCCCGCCGAUGGACGGCGACAGGUCCCAAGGAAAAGGCUUCCCACCGAGACCACCCAAGUCGGGACAUCAAGAGAAGAGAGGGCGAUAA